AUGCAAGUAUAUAUAUCGUCCAGUGCCCAUGCUCUUGCUUUGCAAAACGAUACCAGCAACCUGCAUGCCGCUCUAUACCUGCUCGCUAACCCAACAUCUUACAAGAGCUUUGAUCAAUCCAGCUGCAAUAUCCGUGCCUCUCUCGAUGUCCUCGUCGGCGCAAGAUCCAGGCACAUGGAAGAAAACGACGUUUCGGUGCUGGCCUUGUUGAAACGCCUGGGCCAGACUUGUAUAAAAGAUGAACUCGCAGAGGUAGCGUCCAGCGUCCUCGGAUAUCCGGACGUCUGCUCCAGGAGAUACAAACGACUUCCACGUGUUGAGAAAGUCGUCAUUGGGCGGCUGGGGGUGGAGAACUUUCCGUACUACGUCUGUGGAAUCCGCCGCAGGACCAGCCUGGAGUACUGGCGGGAGCUGCUGCUCCCUCCAAACCUUCUCCCCAUCUUCAUAACCGAUUCUGCCUUUGAUAUCGGACAAGUGGUAAGAAUCUCGAUGCGCCUUGGUCUCAAUCGAGUAGUACGAUCUUGUAGCCGCUAUUCCCAUAUGGAGUACAAUGUCUGGUCGUCGACCUCCAUGGGACUUGGCGUAAUCCUCUAG